UUGCAUACUAAUCCAAAAGAUUAGAUACCCUCUUGAUGGUGACAUUACAUUAGCGAGCAUGUGACCAUUUAUUACCUUCGCAGGAUCUUAGAAAAAUUUGUGGGUUUGCUUCAAUUUCUGUCUUUGGGGCGAGUGGCUUGAGUCGGCUGGCUUUUGGGUUUUCGAAAAUACUGAUUGCAGAAACUUCCUCUACGAGCUUUUAAGGCCGAAGAGCUUCUUCGUAAAGAUAUCUGCUCAGAGUUCUGUUUGGGACUAGAGAGAAACAUGGUUCAGAAAAUAGAUGCUAUUGAGGGAGGUGGAGGAUCCAUCAGGGUUGGAACAACCGGGACUAUCAGUGCCUUGAUAACAAGGGAAAUGGAAUCUAUUAAAUCUACAUCACUGACACCAGCAUCUUGUGACGAUAAAGCUAAACCAGAUCCUGCUUCUGUUGCCUGUGGUGCUUCUACUCCUAGACGUCUACAAAUGAGAAAGUCCUUAGACGAAGCAAGCAGCAGUGGAACCAGCAGCAGCAUUAGACGUAGAAGUGCUGAUUUUGCUGGAAAAAUGAAAAGCCUCCCUAAAAGUACACAUCACGUCCCGAUGCUCAGCUUGGAUAAUCUCUCUCUAGAUAGAACUCCUAGAAGGGAGAAAACUGAGAAGAAAGUAUCUAACAUUGUUGAAGUUGUGGACAUAAAAUGUGGGAACCCAAAUAGACCAUGGGCUACCCCUAUUACACAUCGACUCAAGAAGCUAGGCUUUUCAAAGCUAUCUGAAAGUGUUGUUUAGACUUGUAACUUCUUCAUGUCCGAGUUCAGGUUCUUGUAAUUGAACCCUGAAAUCCCACUUUUCAUAUUGUUUUCUGAAACUUCAAUCAUUGAACACAUUCUGGGUAUAAACCUGCUACCUUCUCGCUUUUUCUUCUUUUGUGUUAUCUCAGAUCCAAAUGUGGCUCUGCAUUGCCCACUUGAGCGAUCCAUGUCUUUAAGGUCAGACUGAGACCUCUGCGAGCUACUUCGGCUGCUCGAUUCAAGCCUGCUAAAAUACUCAAUCUCUUGCCUUAUGAGAGAUCCAAUGGUGCCUCUAGUGCCUAUCUCCACAAGAUUUUCUGCUUCCAUAUCUUGUGAGACUCUUGCAGCAACGGUGUUGGAUUUAUGCAUAUAUUUUUUGGUUGAAGCGAAACAAGGCUGUGGAUGAAGAGAGAUGGUUUUCAGUUUUGCCAUAGUGUGGAAGUUGCUUUGUUUCUGUGACCUCUGGUGAUUGCCCCCUUAUACUACCUAAGUUCUUUACUUACUCCGUGCCAUUUAUCUAGAGUUAAUGAAAUUAGUUUGCCCUUGUUGGAGGAUUGGGUGGUGACGGUCAUUGAACUCAUGUGGUUGGAGCUAAAACAUUUAAGUUUCUAACCACUGCAUUUUCUUGCCUCCUAUGUCCUAUUGCUUGAGCUUUCUUACAUGCGUAGAUGAUUUAUGAAUAUUACAUGCUGUUGAAGCUAACAUCAUAGCUAUCUGAUCAGUAACAGAUGGUGAUGUGAGGCUCAAAAAGGAAUAAUGACACUUUAUCAUAGCCAUGGCCA